CACUCACCCACCGCGCUGCGCUCUGCUCCACCUGGCCAUCCUUAUCCUGCCGUCAUUCGUGCAUAUCGCCCGCCCCAUCUUCCUUUUUGUCCCAUUGUGCGUCCGGCAGGCCUCUCUGCGCGCUCGCUCGCCGUGGCCCCGGGUCGGCGUCGUCCACCCCAGGUUUUUUGUGCCUCCGCUCCCGUCACUCGGCACCACCGUCCAUCGUCAGGGGCGCUGCUCUUGCCCGACAGCGUCCUCUCUCACGCCGCCAAUUGCCUGCGACACUUGCACCCGCUGCCGAACGCGUCCCCCCGUGAUGCUUCUCCGCCCUCGCUCCUCAACAUAGCGCAACAAGUCUGAGGCGCCAUGCCAGGCUGGAGACCGCUUCCGCGCAUUGCUUUUGCAAUCUGCGUCUAUCCUUUUUCGCCCUCGUCGCCCGCCGACCUGCCCCUCGAGAUCGGCGACGAGCUGUACAUAAUUGAGCAGGGAGGCAGAGAUGGCUCGUGGUAUCGUGGCUACUUGGUUGCCCCGCCGUCGCUGUUGGCUGGCCUGACCAGCGUCAAGGGCCAAACACUCGAGGCACGCGUUUUUUCAGGCAUUUUCCCGCGAUGCUGUGUCGAGGUGCGCGAGGUGCUCGGCGAAGGCAAGAACCCAGCCCACCUCUCCGACGGUCUUGAGCGACUGCCCCCAUCGCGUGGUAGUCAUGGUGAGCCCGCCGCCAACGGUGUCAUCACUCCCACAGAAAGCACAAGUGCUACCUCUGCCAAAGGCGCCGCCAAAACCUCGUCCAGGCCCGACCAUGUCUCCGCCCUACCCUCCUCGGCCUCUCGCCCGCUGUCCAGACGACGCUCCAGCAAGAAGCGCGCCGGUAGCCACGGCUCCCAGUGGACUGCGCGUUCCGACCACCUCCAACAGCUCAUGCUGCCACUAUCCCCCGUCUCCGUUGGCUCCCACGACCCGACCGCACCGCGACCGCCCGCCCCCGUGCCGAUGCUGAAAAUUGGCGAUGAGACCUCGACCUCCGCCCAGGAGCCGCUGGUAGACGAAAUUGCGUCCUGUUUGAGAGAAUGGCAUUCUACAAAGUUACACGAGCUUCUGCUUGCCAGACGGUACAGCUCGUUGGACAAAAUGUCCGCCCUGGUGCAGCGAUUGGACACGGCGCGUCGCCAGCUGCUGCACAAGGUUCUGACAGCGCAAGAGUUGGGGAAAGUGCGCGAAAUGACAGUCUGGGAUCUGGUCACGGGAAAUAAGAUGCUCUGUGGGGAUGUGAUUGUGCGAAGCCCCUCGCAGCGGGGAAGGAUUCUGACGGGCGACGACUCAGCCAUCGAGAUCACUAAAUUGCAGUCCAUGAUGAGCCUCCUAGAUGCACGGCCGGUUCCGCACGUUGAUGAGCACAAUCUCCACCACCUGUUUGUCACCCUGAAGAAUGUCCUUGGCGACGUUACGCAGGUGGCCGCUCAAGUGAGCAUGUACCUAUGUCUCAAAACCCCCGGCGAGCCAUUGAAACCACUGUCAGAGGUAUACUCAUUCGACUUGACCUCGCGUGAUGGAGCGGCCGUCUCGUUGACCGGAGAGAAAAUGAAGUCGCUCUUUGUGGACCUCAGUGCAACAGAUAUUGGCGAAGGUGCGGGUUCUGGCUCCAGCCUGUACCUUGUGUUCAAGCUGCUAGCCAACGAGCCAUUCCGAUCCUCUUCGAACGCCCCACAGAUGAGUACCCCAAGGGAAAGCACAUCAAGCAAUGCUCCCCCACUACAACCUUCCCAAUUUGGGAGCAUCAAAGGCGGGAGGCGGAGCGUAAUGUUUGGAUCGAAACGCAAGGAAUCCGGUCUUUCCAACCGCCAGCCAGAAGCCCGACCGUCGAGCGUAGAUACGAAUCGAACGCAGAGCCAGGACGGUCGGCCAGAUUCUGCAGCUGCGAAAACCAGAACAGCCUCCAGGGACCAGAAGACGUUGAAGAGAACAAUAGCCGCUGGAGUCCUCCGCGUAGAUGCACUGAUGCGAGCUCAAUCGGAAGCAGAACAACCCAUCACCUUAUGGACCCCUCCAGCGCCUUUUGACGAAAUCUCCGACGAGGGCGAAGAUUGGGACGACAUCUUGACUGAAAUCUACCCAAGUGGGAGUGGCAAAUACAAAAAGAACGCUCAGAUAAGCCGCAUUACAAUCCAUUUGAAAGCAUUUGCAAAUCCAGACGCCGAGUCUUUAAUUGAGAAGACCCCUACCCUGCUCCACAAUAUCAGGCAAACGCGGAAAAUAGGAUUCUCUGGAGCUCCCACCAAGGGCCGUAGCGAUAUUUAUCUCACACUGAAUGAAACAUUUCUUCCUCGGAAUGCGUUCUUGUCACACCCGAAGUCUGGCACUGUUCCGCUUGCGCAGAAUUCCUCAAUGAGCAAUCUUCAAUUGACUAUCGAGGUUCGAAAAUCUUCUGGAGAACGUAUUGAUGGAUGCAUAUACCCUUCAAGUAACAGUGCAGGGCAUACUGCGUGGCGCACAACUGCCGUGGAGCGAGGCGAGCGUUGGAACUCGACUAUUCGGCUCGCCAUCAGCCCAGAGGAUGUGCCUGGGUCGCAUAUCGUUAUGAGUGUGGCAGAUGCUCCUGGCUUUCCUUUUGCAUUGUGCUGGAUGCCGCUCUGGACUCAGGACGCUUUCGUGCGAGAUGGCGAUCACUCUUUAGCACUUUAUCGGUACGAUGAGUAUACUUCGAGUAUGAUAGCUGGAAAAGGCGCUUAUCUCGCCCUUCCGUGGAGCUCGAGGAAGAAGGAUGAGUCAGUCAUGGGACCGAUGGCAGCGUUGCACCUGCGGACGUUUCUCUGCAGCACGAAAUACUCCCAAGAUCCCAACCUACUUGGACUUCUCAAAUGGCGAGAUCAACCAGCCGGAGAAUUGGUUGCGCUGCUCCGGCGAUUCCCUUUUGUCCCGGAGAUCGAAAUUGUCAAACUCCUGAAUGAAGUAUUCGACUCUCUCUUUGAAGUUCUAGUGGAGUAUGCCGGAAGUGACGAGUACGAAGACCUAGUCUUUCAUGCUCUCGUUACUGUCCUUGGAAUAGUCCACGACCGGAGGUUCAAUCUGGGUCCGUUGGUGGAUCAAUAUGCCGAGACAAGGUUCAAGUACCCUUUUGCUACCUCUUGCCUUGUUCGCAGCUAUACCCGCCUUCUGUCCAACCCAGUGGAACCAAACUCUUCUCGGAAGUUACGAGCAACGUUUAAAGUCGGAAGCCAUGUUCUCAAGUUCAUCAUGAAUGCGCGGCAGCAGCAGAAAGAAAAGGAAGCGGGCAUUGGGAUUACCAGCCGACAACCAACCUUCACGAAAGAUCUGCAAACUAUCUUUAAGUCUCUCGAAUCGCUUAUGAUGAACCCAUCCCCAGUUCUGAUCGGAACGAAGACCAUUCUCGUUCAGAACUUCCAUACCUGGCUCCCUGAGCUCUCCCCGUCAAUGCCCCCAAUGGACAUUCUGAAUUUGACGACCAGCUUUAUUGACUCGUGCUGUACAGCGCAGGGAAAGCUAAUAUUGUACAAACUCCUCUUAGUCCAGCACCUAACUGAGUUGACUAUCUUCAAAUCCCCGGAUACUCGUCGGAUCCUCUUAACCAAUACCGUCAAAUGGUUAGCACCACACUGGGGAAAGGUUGAUACAGUCACUGAGCAGUGGAAGGAUCAGAUUCGGUUCUGCUGCUCAGUGGUCGCUUCUCAGGUUGAUGAACUUGGCCAAGAAGCAUGCGAAUAUAUUCCAAAGCUGGUGGACUCUUAUCGUGCGAUUCAAGCUACGCCCCGACCAGCCAAGAACACUCUCUCUCUACUGUUCCCAACAUCGUACCCUUUUCAUUCUCGUCCGACUACGAUCGAAGCCACCUUCGACGAGGCCCUGAUUGAGAUCUCUGCAGUCCUUGCAGCAAUGUCUAGUCUGCCUACAAUCAUCCACUUAGAUUGGCCGAAGUCUGACAUCGCUGACUUCCUCUUCUCGGCUUUGCAGGUCUAUAUUUCCAUUCUGGACUGUGAGGCAUUCCCGAGCUCUUGGCUGAGUGUUCACAUCUACCACCACAAGGCCACAAUGCGAACCCUGGAGAAGCUUUCUAGUAUCCUAAUCGACUCUUUCUUGCCACAUCCUGACGAAGCAGAUCAUUUCAAUACCGAGCUCUGGCGUGCAUUCUUCGAUGCUCUACUGAAACUCGUUGGGAGCGAUGCGCUUGCACUGGAGACAUUCCCUGAACAGAAGCGUCGCGCUGUGUGGAAGAUCGCUGGCGACGUUCGGGAGCAUGGCGCAGAUUUGCUUCAGAGAAGUUGGGAAGCGAUAGGUUGGGAGACUAGCCCAGAGGACAAGAAACAAUAUGGGCUUGAGAAGAUGGGUGGUUUCCAAGUCCAAUACGUACCAGGCUUGGUGGCUCCGAUAGUCGAGCUCUGUCUCAGUGUUCAUGAAGGCUUGCGAAGUGUUGCCAUCGAAGUUCUGCAGACUAUGAUUAUUAGCGAGUGGACUUUGAGCGAGGAUCUCUCUUUGAUUCAGGCGGAGAUGAUCGACUGCCUGGACCGCCUCUUCAAGUCGAAACUUCUUACCGAGGCUGUCCUGCAGAAACACUUCAUUCAGGAGCUUAUAGACUUGUUUGAGCCUUUAGCACAGGACCCAGAGGACCCAUUAUUCGUCGCUGUCAAGAAUCUCAUCACCACAAUUGACGAAUUGUUGGAUCUUCUCGUUGCUGUUCAUAGCACCGAAGCUACUGGCGAGGUUUUCCACAUCAUGGAUACUCUCCAUCUUAUGGAGUUUCUGAAGGAUAUGCAGAAAGAAGAUAUCUACAUUCGCUAUGUCCACCAACUGGUCGACCUCCAGGCAGAGGCCCAAAACUUUACUGAAGCUGGUCUCGCCCUCUGUCUGCAUGCCGCGCUUUACGAAUGGGAGCCGUCAACCAUCGUGGAGCCGCUCGUUGAUCCAAAUUUCCCAGCUCAAUCCUCAUUUGAACGCAAGGAACAAUUAUACUUCCAAAUGAUCAAAUAUUACGAGGAUGGCCAGUCUUGGGACAAUGCUUUGGGCACUUAUAUGGAACUCGCGACGCAAUAUGAACAUAACGUCUUUGACUUUUCCAAACUGGCGAGGACACAGCACGCCAUGGCCACAAUCUAUGAAAGCAUUGCCAAAGGCGAUCGACAAAACUCUCGCUAUUUCCGCGUCGCAUAUAAAGGACUGGGUUUUCCUGUCGGGCUGCGAGACAAACAUUUCAUCUUUGAAGGCUCUCCAAACGAUCGAUUAGCAACCUUCACAGAUCGCAUGCAGCAACAACAUCCUGCGGCCCAGAUUCUAGCUUCGGGGGCUGAAGAGGAUGUGGAAGGCCAAUAUUUGCAGAUCUUCCCUGUUAGCCCACAAAAAGACCUUAUGCAUCCGAUCUAUCAACGUGCGAAAGUUGCGCAAUCCAUCAGGGACUACUACCUCCUAUCGAGGCCAUCACACUUCACGACAGCGUCUCGUCGUACUACCGGCGAUCCAAAUGCAAAGGAGCUCACGGUAGAGAAGACUGUUUACACGACGGCAGAAUCAUUCCCGACAAUUUUGCGCCGGAGCGAAAUUGUUGCUGUUGGGACGGUGGCCCUAACUCCACUUCAGACUGCCAUUGAACGCACAUCACGCAAGGCUGCCGAGCUAAUAGCCCUAGAAAAAAAAGUGUCGGAAGGAGAAGACGCUGCUCUCACAACCCUGACACAAGAACUGAUGGUGGCGAUUGAUACAAAUGCAGAUACUAGCGUCGCUAACUACCAUGAGCUACUGCCAAAUGAACGAGCCUCGAUGUUAUCGGACAUGGAGGAGGACGAACCACAACGUGAGCCGAAUUUAUUGGAGAAUGCUCUUAAGGUUGCUUUGACCGACUACGCGCUGGUAAUCAGACGCUGCCUAGCACUAUACUCUAGGCCUGCUCAGCAAGCCACCAAAGCGGAUCUUACGCAGCGGCUUGAAUUGGCUUAUGCCCAGGAACUGGCAACUCUUAUGCCGGUCAAUCCUGGCCAGAUGAUGCGUUCACCUACAGGCUCUUGGCUUGUGAAUGCGGCCUCUCCAUCCCUCGUGACAAGCCCAGCAUCGGUCCCUACAAAUCACGUGAACGGCACAAGGGUGGCAUCUCCCCCUCCCGAAGGGCGACCGGCACGACAAGACAAGAAACGUCUUAGUCUUGCAUUCUUCAAGGGUGGAUCCACCAGCGAGCACCAAACAGACCGGAAACCUGAGAAACAAGCUGCAGAAGAGCAGGUGGAUGCAGUGUCGACCACUACCUCGUCGCGAAGUCGCAGCAAAGAGAACAGCAGACAUCGAUUGAGCUUCUUAAAUCUCGCUUCACCCGAGGCGAUUCCACUACCACCGAGUAGUCAGAGCAUUAGCCAAAAUAGCCUAGGCCAGACGCACAGCCAACGAAGCCAGAGCACUGAUGCCAGGCCGGAGACAAGCAAGAGUGGGAAGAGUGACAAAUCAGAUCACCAGAAAAAAGGGGGUAUGAGAAAGAGGUUGAGCAUCUUGAACAUUGGGAAAAAGACUAGCAAGACGAGCGUAAAGUCCCGAGUUGAUGAUACCCUGACAGAGGAGUAGCCUCCCGAUACUGAUUAAGUUUUCUUCGAUUUUGAUAUAUGGGGUGGCAGAGGCGACCGCAUGACAUUUUUGGCUAAACACGUGUUGUUGCACCGGUUUUAAAGUUGGCUGACAAUGGUGGAGUCUUUUUCCAAGUUUGUGUUUUAUAUCAAAGCGUUUUUAAGCAUGGAGCAGGGGGAUCUAGAUGGGGGGAGUGUGUCCUCAUCUGGGAUAUUUUCGACGGCACGUGCUUGGUUGUAUGAUUACCUGCUUUUUGGUGGUUGUGUUUAUACCCGGACGAUAACUUUG